CUAGCUGUGCACAUGAACUGUACUGCCUGUUGAGCAAAAUGCUGGGAAUUAAUUUUGUCGCGUUUUGGUUCGUGUUAGUCUCUGCCUACAAAGCAACGGCAUUUGAAUGGGAAGGUUUGUUGGACUAUAUAAGUCUAGAAUAAAAUAUUGCCACCUCGAAUUCACUUCCACAUACCUCACUAUAGUGGAAGUGGUAAAUCAAUUGUAUAUACUCAUUAUUUAAAUUAAGGAGGGAUGCACUAAUAAUGUAUUUGAAAACUGAAUCCCGUCCUUGCAUGUAUAGAUCCCCUCAUAUAGAGUUUCUUCCCAAGGGCCCUCAAAACUUAUAUCUCUCUUCAAUCCCACACAGAGAACACAGACCCAUCAUUAUUCGAGGCUGAUAUCAAGCUGUUGUCUGAACAGAGAUUUGCUCUGAAGACAACGGGAGAUAUUGAUGCUCGGGUUGGUGCAAAACGUGGCAUUACCAGCGACCAGGACAGGUUAUGGCGUGGAGGAAUUGUUCCUUAUAAUAUUACUGAAGAUUUACGUAAGUACUAGCCCUAGGGGAUUAGGAAUGAAACAAACCGACCAUAGUCAGAAAAGGGGAUAAUGACGAUUAUCUCGGACAGGUACGUUUCUUGACAGAAAGUGCUGCUUGGGUUGUUACAUAGCAUUGAUAGGUCUUUGAGGAAGCCGUCAGGUACUGAUAUGACAUUAAUUUUAGUUUAAAGAUAUGAAUCUAAAAGAUCCGAAUAUAUCAUUGUGGUCAUUGAGAGAUCUCACAGUAGAGAGAUUCGAAUCUUUUCAAGAAAUGCUUUUUAAGGUUUGACUAUACACUGAACGAAUUACAUUUGCACAAUACACCAAAUAAACCAGGCUACAGUAAAUCAACCCUAAUCUCAUUUUUCAAAUCAAAAAGAGAAAAGCAGAAAACCUAUUAACUUAGUUUUAAGUCUCAUGUUUAGAAAACAUAACAAAGGCGCAAUUCUUAAUACCUUAAUUUCCCCAUCAUUGCAAGCCCAUCUUAUUAAUUAUCUAAAUGAAAAUAUAUCUUUCUUAAUUAAAUGAAGUUAACAAUACACAAGCGAUGGCGGGUAUCUAUAAUGCGUUCAAAGAGUGGGAGAGUCAGACAUGCUUACAGUUCGUACAAAGAACAACUGAGCCAGAUUAUGUCGAGUUCUUUGGUUCGGGAGGGGGGUAAGUCAAAUCGAUAAAUUCUACAUUCUCACACUUUCACAUAUCAUGUAGUUUAUUGGGAUAUAAUUUGUUUAGCUGUUUCCCCAAGAACACAAUAUUCCAUUCAUUUCACGGUAGUUAAAUUUCUCUAGAUGCUGGUCUUAUGUUGGUCGUGUGGGAGGAAAGCAGUUGAUCUCUUUAGCAGGCGGAUGCUAUGGGGUUGGAACAAUCACCCAUGAAAUAGGUUCCAGUUUCUUUCUUGUUUAUCCAAAGAUAUAUAUUGUAUAUUUUUGUCAAGCAGUGCUCAAACGAUAGAGCAAAUGCACUGUAUAUAUAGAUGUAGUGUGGGUAACCCAUAGAAAUAAUAGAUAUCAGUAGUAUUUUUGCACAAGUGAAUGUAACCAUAGGCAUAGUCCAUCAAGGUAUGAUGGUCUGGAAACUAAACAUAAGGCAUUGUUUGAUGUUCUUGUCUGAGUUUAUGUUAAUUUGUGCACGGUCACGGUGAUUGAGCUCAUUGUAUUUUCGUAUAAUUAAGUAACCGUCCAAUAGGGAUGGAAACAAAGGUCUCCUUUUUUUGGCUUUGAAGUUUGCCGGGAUUCGAUCCAGACCAUCAUAUCUUGAUUGCUCAAAUUUGACGUAUUAUCACCUAUAGGUGAAUACUGAUAACAAAACCAAAAUCUUCAAAACGGCGGCGUCAAAUUUGAAGUCAACUGUCAGCUGUUCCAAGUUUGGGCAACUUGUGCACUAAAAUUGGAGCAUGAGUUAGCUGCUUUUAGCUGUAGAAACUGUGGGCCUUACUUUCAAAUGUGAUUUGAAGUUUACCGUUUGCGGUUAGCGUUUUGCCGUAAACGUCAAUCUGACAGUCCCUACUGAUAAAGGAAUAAGCGAAAUUGAAAUAAAUUCAGUCCCAAAAAACACAAAAGACUUGUGUACGUAGCCCCCCCCCCCCAAAAAAAAAAUUGAAAUGUCGAUAAGUUGGGCAAAUAACGAUUGAACGUAAGUCGGGCAAAUGUUGAACGUUUUGGGAAAAGUGGGUAACUGCUCAAAACUUCAAUGCCGUUGCUCGUAAUUAAUUAAAUGGGAAUGUCAGGUGACAGAUUCUGGCCAUGGUUAUCAUGCCCCUGUAUCAUAAUUUUAUUUGAAAUUUCAUUCGAAACCAACUUUCUUAAAACAGGUCAUGCAGUUGGGUUUUGGCACGAGCAAAGUAGACCAGAUCGAGAUGAACAUGUGGAAAUACUAUGGCAUCAUAUUCCCAGAAGUAUGGGACAAACCUACUGACUUUAUUUUGUAUUAUAUGUUGUAUACAAUUCCGUACGUAGAUUGCGCGAUUUCUUAGAAUCCCAAAUCCCACCAUAUAUUUCUUCCCAUUCAUCGUUUUCCCGUUCUUCCAUAUCACUAAUAGACCCUUUUUGUACUCUCUCUGUACUCUCUUUGUACUUUAAACAGUAUAAACAAAUUAAUAUGCAAUUUUUCUUGUAAGUUGAAAAUUUUUCACAUGGUAAUCGGUGUAAUCUACUAAUCUGAGCUUUACUAUAUUUUCAGAUAAAAAACACAACUUCAACAAGUACAACCGUUCUCAGAUAGAUUCUCUUGGUUCAAAAUACGACUACAUAUCAGUUAUGCAUUAUUCAUCAACAGCAUUCGGAAGAGGGAACAUCACUAUUGUUCCUAAAGAUCCGUCAGUCACGCAACUUGGUCAGCGGUUAGGACUGAGCCCACGGGAUGUGGAGCAAGCGGAUUUACUGUACAAGUGCAAAGGUUAGUAGUCACUGAUCUCGUGUGACACUGGACAGGUAAAUAGUUGUGAAACUAUUGUUGGGGCUAAUUUAUAUCAUUUAAAGUGGUUAGCGUGACAUUUCAAGCGAAAAUGUAUCUCUGAAGGAGUUUCACACUGUAACAUACUUUGAUUAUAAAACAGAUUUUAAUUUAAUCAACUAAACAUGGAUAGUUUAAAGUUGCCUUUAGAAGUCUACCAUUGUAAGGCAUCCGCUAAUUACUGGAAAAAAGCGGUACCUAAUGUUACUUUCUUACACACCACUGGUCGGUUGUAAGAAGACUGGAUAGUGAUUUUUUUAACCGUUGUAAAAAUAUUUGAAAAACUAGGGAAAUGGUCUUUAAAAUUUAUAAAAAUAAACUUGAAUUUAUAACCACUAAAGUUUAAUCUGGGUUAUACCAGCGGUGAAUCACUAUGGUGGAUAGGCCGAUAUCUGGUCUUCGUACAACCGGCACCAGAUUUUAGUCUAUGUCAGUAUAUAAACCAUUAUGUUAACCCUUUUGGAUGUUUAAACCGUUUUAUAAUAUAGCACUUGUAAAUUCUGAACACUGACUGGCUAAGAGCCGUGUUGACAACUCAAUGUCAACACGGAAAAUUUCUUUAAGUAUAAAAUAUUUUUUAAUUGCAGGCAAGACUACAGUAGUUACACCACCUCCACCAGUACGACCACCGCCUCCCUCAGGUAAAAGUUCAUCAUUCAUUGUACAUGUCUUGUAAUAAGGUGAUCGCUAGAUAGUAUACUUCAAAAUAAGGUUUCCGUUUUUAUAACGUAGAAAAAACUAUCCCAACUCAAAACUAGACCCUAACCCUAAUACUAUCCCGCACCCUAACCUUAAUCUAACCCUAACUUAAACCCUAACCUAUUAAACCUUAACUUAUUUUAAAAAUUGAUAUAAAAACGGAAACCUUAUUUUGAAGUAUACUAUCUAACAAUUGCCCUUGUAAUAACUUGUAGAAGUUAUUUAUUGCCAGGCCAUUUACCUCUAAAAACACAUCCUCUUCCUUGUUUAUUAUACUUGCAGGGCCCUACGACUGCACGUUUGAGAACGGAACAUGUGGCUAUCGUAAUGUGGAGGAAAGUGAAGGACUGGACACUUUCGAUUGGACACUAAGGAUAACUGGUACUCCAAGUGGAAACACCGGUCCAACAACUGAUCAUACCACUGGACGCUUUGGUAAUUUUUCAUUUUCCUUACAAAGACAAUUUUUAGUACGAUACCUAGGACCAAAAUGUUUUAAUUCUCUACCUGGUAAAAUUAUGUCUCCAGCUAUAGCGUUGGUAAUUUUAAGUCUAAAUUAAAACCAUUUCUUUGGUCCACUGUUAUGAACAAAAUGUGUGUAAUCGAGGGUGUCCAGUAAUUGUUAGUAAUAUGUCAAGUGGUAAAUUUCAAUAAAAUUCAGAAAAUUCAGUGAAAUGAGAUGACAAAUUAUUCGAUCAUGCUUUAGGUCAUUUCUUCUACAUUGAGACAUCCUCUCCGCGUCAACCUGGUGAUGUAGCCUUACUAGAAAGUCCAGACUACCCAGCGUCAAUUGCUAAACAAUGUUUUGCCUUCUUUUAUCACAUGCUUGGGAAGCAUAUUGGAGAGUUCAAUGUCUACAUUAAACAUGGCUCGGAUAACGAUCUUGUGUUCAGUAAGAAUGAAACGCAGGGAGAUAUGUGGCACAAAGCUCAAAUACAACUGCCUCCAAUGGCCACUGAAACCACUAAAACCUAUCAGGUGAUCUUGCAAUUUUCUAAUUUUAUUCUGACACAGCUCAAUGUUCUUAUAUAAAUCAGGAAAAAUUAUUGUAGGAUCGUUUCAUUUCCUUGAAUGCUUGGCUUUCCUUGAAUUGGCUCUUUGAAUACUUCAUCGUUUUUCCAUUUGCAGGAAGAGUAAGAAAUAAAUGUGAUUAAUAAUGCGGAAACAAUCAUGUAAUUUCCUAAUUUUCCCACCUUCAAUUAAAGACAUUGUAACAAUGUCUCUUAAAUCUGCUCAGUGAUUUGCGUACAGUACAUACAGUAUACAAUAUACUGAUAUAUACGCAGUAUUGUUUACCAUUUUAUCUUUAUGACGUUAUAUAAACUUCUUCUGUCUGUUUGUAUCUUACUGAGACAUUUGUGGUAAAAGUUGCCUAGACUGACAGUUCACUGCCAAUUGACCACCACCUUCUCCACGAUACCGGUCAAGGAAACCCGCUGCUAUAGUGUAUAUACAGUAGCAUGUGAGCAUUUUUCGCAGAUCCUGAUUGAUCUUGUUUACAUGACUUAGAUCUAAAAAUGUAUAAAAUUUACACUCAAAAUUUCCAUCGGCUAUACAAACACCUUUCAACAUAUUUAGUUCUAUCGAGUGCGGGGAUGCCCAAAUUCAAACCUAAAAUUCAAAGCAAACUUUCCAACAGCUUGUCUAUAAAUUUGGAAAUAUUUCUUCAGAAAUCUUGUCUGGGUCGACAGGGGUUUUCUUCUCUGAAGUUUUUAAAUGAGCAGACGUGCCGAAAUACACAAACUAAAACAGCGAGUUAAAUUUUAACCGAAGGUUAAUAGCGCUAACCCACCUUCGAACAACCGGUCCCUGAUAUUUACAUAUAUACAGUAACAUACCUUUAUUCUUCAUGUUAAAUUUCUUCUUUUAGGUUGUAUUUGAAGGUAUCCGUGGAGAAAGUUACCAAGGUGACGUAGCCAUUGAUGACAUUCAUUUCUUCGAUGGAAUAUGCCCUGGACACAACGAUGAAGACUAAAGAUGCAAGGUAUUGUCAAAAAAAUAUUUGUUUUCAUGCCUAUGGAAAACAUCUCGUUUGUUCAGCUUUCCAUCGAGCAAAGAAAGAAGUGCAGAAACUUAAUAUUGUUCUAUUAAUUUUUUUCAGGUUUGAAAAAUACAGCAGCGAAAGAAUGACUUGUGUGUUCAACUUGUAUUUGUUAAAAAUGGGUUAUAGCAAUAAAAUUCGAUAAAAUAAGAUGGGUG